CCGCCAGCGAGACGAUUCACGAUGGCUCCCCCGCUUCCCAAUGACAUACGCGUAUUCCUUGGAGGUUAUCCUGGAGAGAGAGAUGACCCUUCUCUGAACACGAAUCUCAAGUUCUACACGCUGCGAGCUAGAUGCGAGCCCGAUAACUUAACGUUGGAUGAGAUCCACACAAGGUGGGCUGGUGACUACCAUACUCUGGAACGCAAUCACGGCUUCAUACAAUGGCUAUUCCCCAUUCGCGAACAGGGAGUGAACUGGUACGCUCAACCAUUGCAAGUUCACGAAGCCGCGGCCAUGAAAGCCAACCCAGAUGUCGUCUCUCGUGUGGUCAAUUCUUAUGAGCUUAUGCUCGACUUCUACGGCAUGCAUUUGCAAUCAACAGAGACCGGUCUCUUGGUACGCGCUGGGCCAGCCCAGAAGUGGUGCGAUAGGUACAGGAACCUCGCUCGCAUGAGCCACAAUAAUCUACGUAUCACACGUAUACUGAAGUGUCUCUCCGAAAUGGGCCUGGAACAUCUCAACGCAGGCUUCCUUCUUCACGUCUUGAACGAGCAGAGUGAGCAUGGACAGUUGAAUGCGUACACCAUUGUCAACAGCAUGGACCAAUGGUGGGCAAACUGCAUUCGAGAUGAGAAGGAGCGAGAGUGGAUAGGGCAAUUGAUCGCGGCAGUACGAGGCAACGCGGAAUUCGUCUUUACGAGGGAGAUGUACGAGAGAGCCCUGGAGCGAAGGAGAGAGACGGGCACCUUCGAGAAGCGCGGGGACAUGUAGCAUGGUGAUCGCUGCGGUUUGCAGGUGAGGAGGGCCUACUCGGUCCUGAGCUCCGUUGGCUGAAAGGCUAUUGAAGACAGCUUUUCCACAAGGAGACGCUGCUUCGCCUGCAGAUACAGCGGACUUAUCACCUGGAGAGCCUCUUCAACGGUCUCGUAUACCAGCCCUUCGCCCUCGGACACGUCUUUCUGUAUUCGAUACCCUUGUUGCGUCAAUGUGAUCGUCGCCGUUUCGCGCUCGAGCGUGAUGACCUCAGCGGUCGACUCUAGUGGCGACUUCUUGACGAAUCUGAAGCUCUGCAGACCGUAUGACUGCUCCUUGAGGGACUGUUCAAGCUCAGCCGGGGUGAAUGCCGGUUGAUGCGUAGAAUCCAUUGGCAGAGCCCUUGUGGAGGUACAC